AUGGAUAAUUUGUCGCCUGAUACACUGGAUAAAGUGUCUGUGCAGCUGAUCUUCGGGGAUGGUGAGCCACCUUACCAGAACGAGGGCUUGUGGAUUCAAAUUUAUGCUGCCGCGUUGCCUCCUUUUGUUCUCGGCAUCCCUGCUAAUCAGGUGCGGCUCUAUUUGUCACAUCAGUACCUUGGCAAAGACGAGCAGUUCUGGAACGUAAAAGCGGGCGCUGCUGGUUAUAUGGAAAAUCUUGCAGAUGGCGAACGUCUCGUGCCCGCAGACUACUUGGCGUAUUUCCUUCAAGUGUACAACGACGCUGCCGUUGGUCAUGAGGUUCUCCCGGCUUGCAGUCUCCGCUUUUUUUCUGGCCAUGGCAUGGGUACGGGCGAUGUGAGGAGCACGCACGUGAAGUGCGGGAACGCAGCACAGCCAGCUUUGCGUUUUCCGCAUGUCGGCGGAACUACGAGCGUAUUAACGGUCCUUGAUACCUGCGCCAGUCCGCAUACGGCUGCGUGCAUGAUGAGUGGUUUGCUACCAGUGGAGCAAGGGGACCGUGAACAAGAUGCCCGGAAUUUAAUAGCCUUCCAAAGGACCUACAAGUCAAAGAAAAUCUUUCAACAACUUGAUUUUCCACUAGCCUGUUCCAAGAGCGGCAAUGCAUUUUGCUGCCGUGUCGGAUGGAACGGCCAACAGUUGGCUGGUCAGGGUCAUCCUCUCUACAAGUCGCCCGAGAAUGGUGGAAUAAUAAGCGCAUUAUUGUGUUUUCCGGCUGUGAGCUCUCUCCUCACAUCGAUCAAGGAUCGCUACACUGACAAAAACGACGACCGUGGCUUGGAUUUAAUCUUCCAGGAAAAGUUUCGGAAGGUGCAAAUGCGAUACGUGGCUGACGGCAAGAUGAUGGCGCAGGCUCACAGCGAUUUGAGUCGCCUACAGAAGCUCAUUGAUGACGACAUUGCCUAUUAA